GUUGAAGAGCUCACUAAGGAAAUCCGUAGUAGGAAGGAGAAAAAUACAUCUAGUAUAGAAGUACAAACAGAGGACUAUGUUGCGUGGUCACAAGCAGAUUAUUACUACUAUGAAAAUUAUUACAAUCACUCCGAUUCUCAGGAUUGUGCAUCUGAACUGCCGGUGUGGCACAAUCAUGGAACUGAAGGCACUGAGCACAAUUCCACAGAGGAAUCACAGACAGAUGCAAGUAUUCCUUUAAGGAUGGAUAGCGCUAAAGUUGCUAAAGAUGGAGAAGAGAAAAAUCUCAUCCAGAAUUCAAAGGAAGCAGAAGAUACUUCAGUACCAGAGAGUUCUUUGGCGGAGAGCUUGAGAGCUGCUGCAGAAGCUGCUGUUUCACAAACCGGAUUUAUUUACGAUGAAAAUACAGGAUUGUAUUAUGACCACAGCACUGGAUUCUACUAUAAUUCAGAAAAUCAACUGUAUUAUGAUCCAGCAACAGGAAUUUAUUACUACUGUGAUGUGGAAAGCGGCCGAUACCAGUUUCAUUCACGAGUGGAUCUGCAGUCCUAUCAGGCCUCUGGUGCUCAGCACACUAAGGAUAAAAAAGGAAAAAAGAAGAGAAAAGAACCUGAGUGGACUUCUACAAAUGAGCAUAAGGAUUUGGACACAGAUGAUUUCUGCUCUUCUAACAGUCUGAAUUGUUUUUCCACUACUGAGCAAGUAAGUUCUACUGAAGAAGAAGAGUCUCCAAAUAUAAGAAAAAAGACUAAAAUGGACACAAAACCACAGAGCAGUGUAACGGCCAAAGAAUCUAUUUCUGCAGACAGUGUAAAUUCAUAUUCACGCAAAAGCACACCAGAUACUGCAGCAUAUACAGAUGACAGUAGAACAGCAGACACAGAGAGUGAGCCAGAAGAAGGUGAAAUUACAGAUUCUGAGUGUGAAGCCUACAGCAGUGAGGACGAAGUCACAAGUGAAGAAACUGCUGGUUCAGAAGACUCAGAAAACGAAG